CUUGCUCCACAUAUUUACCAUUAGGAUCUAGCUACAAAGCUUGCUCGGCAACAAUGGCUGCAGGUGGGGCUUCUCUUCUUGCCUUCUCUUUUUUUUCCAUGCUGGUCAUGUCUUCCCUGGGGGGUCCUAGGCCUUUAUGCAGCGACUGCGAGACGCUGUGCCGUACCAACUGCGAUGCAGAGGUUGAAACCCUCUGCGGCAGUACCUGCGACUACAACAACAGCGGUCAGGCCGACUGCCGGCGUCAGCUCUUGAAGAGGUGCACCACAGAAGGUACCUGCUGCAGUAGCAACGGCACAUGCACUUGUGAUUGCAACACUGUAGCUCAAAACGGUUGCUUCGGGGUCAGCGACGGGUACACACGCUGCGGUUCAUGCAAGCUUGGCAGGUUCAACCAGUGCUAUCCCACCUGCAAGAACGACUGCAACAACAACUGCAAGAAGAAGAAAGGGUGCCACGCAUAGGAAAACCACAUGUAAUCGGGGCCGGGUGCCCUGCAUAGGAAAUAACAUGGCUCCUUGCAGUCGUGCGUAGAUUUCUUUAAACGCAAUGUGAUGAUGUUUUAGCUGAGGAUUUGUCUUCUGUAUUUCUGUUUAUCUUUCUUGCUGAAUAAUGAAUCGCAAUGUGAAAUUAUGGUUGUUCAAUGUUCCUUCUUCCAUAGAGCAGGUGGGGCUUCUCUUCUUGCUGCUGUUGUUGUUUUCUCCAUGCUGAUCACGUCUUCCCUGGAGGGCCUGGGGCCUUAUUGCAGCGAGUGCGAAACGCAAUGCCGUACCAGCUGUGAGGCGGAGGUUGAAACCUUCUGCAGUGGUUACUGCAGACGUGGUGGCGGACCUCGGGAGAGCUGCUGGAGACGUCUUUGAGGAGUGCAUCAUAAAGGGUACCUGC